UUACCGUGCCUAGCAUAUUCCCCUGUUUCCUGAUAAGAAAAACAGAGCAAUCUUGGUUUUACCAUUUCCAAUCAAUGGCAGGCCCAGUUGUGUUCAACGAUGAAGUGCUGGAAGCCGGCCAAAAUAGGGCUCGCCUGAGCUUGGUAGGAAGGCUGCUGUGCUCGUCCCACCCGUCCAGAACUCGUGUUCAGCACACCGCCAACAACUUGUGGGCAAAGAGAGCUCCAGUUACAGUCCUUGAUGCAGAUCAUGGACUAUUCCAAUUAGUCUUCUCGAACGCCACCGAUCGCCAAGAAGCACCGGGGAAAGCUCCCUGGUUCCUCCACUCGAAGAUCCUCACCUUAAAAAAGUGGGAAACACCUUCUGAGCAAGUUUUCCAAGAGCUUGCACGCGUCCCCUACCUCGUCCAACUCUGGAAUCUGCCUGAAGAGUAUAGAACGGUCGCGCUAGGAAGGCUCCUCGCCGCUCAGUUGGGUACCGUCGUUGACGCCGGGAUGUACGCGGUCUGGGAGAACCCAGGUUGUGUGUUCAAAGCAAGAGUGUUGAUCGACGUCUCAUCCCCCUUGCAACAUCGGUUGGAAGCCAGGAAGAGGAACGCAGAUGGCUCGUUGGGAGAACCUUUCCGGGUAUCUCUCAAGUACGAAAACAUCAAAACUACUUGCUUCAGGUGCCGAAGAAUUGGGCACAACCAGAGCUUCUGUUCAUUCGAUUUGGUGACAGGCGAGGAUGGAUUCGGCCCUGAGAUUAUCGGGAACAGAACAGGUCCGAAAUUAAACGAAAAUUCCUACGCGACCGCUCGGAAAGGAGGAAGGAAUUGGGGCGGGAACGUGUGGCGCCACGGAGCUCGAGCUGCACCUUAUUCCCGAUCCAACACGAUGCUGAUUGAGGCGGCUUCUCGGUUCGGCGGAGAAAACUCAGUUGGAAGAGGGCAGGGGCUGCCGCCGCGGGACUCCCGUCGGGAGAGACGAGGUGCAGACAGACCGGUGGGCCAAUUGGCGAAGAUGGACGGGCUGGGCUCCUCCUCUGGGCCGGAGAAGCUAAUGGGCCAACCCUUGAAUGAGGAUGGUUGCAAAGAAAUAGAAAAUGGGCCCAAAGAUUCUGAAGCAGCCCAAAUUGCUCAACACUUGGUGUUAGAGCCCACACCCCUCCAAGUCCAAGCUCCAUCCCCGUCAUAUGGGUUAGGUAACUUAUAUUGUAGUGAAGAUCCCGGAUUUUUAUUUGACGAUUUAGAAGAUACCCUCUUAUUUAGCAUGCAAGGAGAAGGGAUGGGAUUCUUUGAUAAUGAAGGAAUGGAUCAAUCUGCAGAUACAGCCAUUUCAUGCUCUCCAAUAGGAUGCGUCGCGGAUGGAAAAUCAAAGGGGAAAGCGAUAUUGAUAGAAUCGUCAGAGUCCCCAAGAGUCUACAUUCGGAGAAAUGUAGGGGUCUGCAUCCAAGAGCCAGAAGAAGGAGUGGUUAACACCCUUCCAAAGAGUCCAAGCGAGAAAGACAAGGUUAAAGGAAAAAGGGUGGAGGUAGCCAACCCCAAUUGGCCCCAAAAUCCUAAAUGAAUGUUUACGCGUGGAAUUGUCAAGGGGUGGGGAGUACCUUGACAUUCCAAACGCUAAAAGCUCACCGAAAUUUGGCUAAGUCAUUUCUCUUUCUUUGUGAGACUAUGUCUCAUAGUGAUAAAGUAGAGUCUUUUAUGUCUCGAUUGGGUUUUUCUGAUUGUUUUCCUGUUAACCCUUCCGGCUUGUCGGGGGGUCUAGUAUUUGGUUGGCCAAGAGGAGCUUCGGUCUCAAUCAUUGGCUCAACCCCUUUCUUUAUUGCCAUUUCGGUCAUCAAUAAUAAUUCCCUUUGCUAUGGUGCUUGUCCCCGGUUCGUACUAAUUGGUGUUUACCUCUCGUAUGUAAUUUCUAAACGAAGAUCCCAAUUAGAGGAUCUUAGGAACUUCUGUGCUAGAUUGUCAGAUCCUUUUCUUAUAAUUGGAGAUGUCAAUUGCUCACUAUCCCCGCUAGAGAAAUCAGGAGGGGCUCUGUGGCGGAUGGACAAAGCUCGACCUCUUUGGGAAUUUAUCAACUCCAUGGGGCUUCUGGAAGUAAGAAUUCAAGGACCCAAAUUUACUUGGACUAAUCGGGGCAGAAACGGUGUUUUGAUAGAACAACAGAUCGAUAGAGCCUUUGUUUCUACAAAUUGGUGGCAUACCUGGCCUAAUUCCUGCCUAUAUCAUCUUUCUGAUAAAGGAUCAGAUCACAG